AAAUUCGUACAAGCUGCAAUGAAGGUGCAAAAUAAAGCCAAAAAAUACGAUGGACCUCGAACUGAUCUUGAUGAAAUAUACAUGGGGAACGUGAAUGUUGAAUGUCCGUCCACUGCAAAAGUCGUCCGAAUAUUUACAAGCAGUACAUUCACAGACACAAUGCACGAGAGGAAUACACUCAUGGAGAAUGCGUACCCGAAGUUGAAGUCCUUCUGUCAAGAGCUUGGCUAUGAGUUUCAGGUUGUCGACAUGAGAUGGGGUGUUCGGGACGAGGCGGCGGAUGAUCAUAUGACAACGGAAAUCUGUCUGAAAGAACUGAAAAUGUGCAAGAAAUUAUCAACUGGUCCAAACUUUGUCUCACUGAUGUCGCACAAAUAUGGCUACUCGGAUUUUCCAAGAUGUAUAGAUGCAGACAAAUAUGAGGAGAUGUUAGAGCAUAUAGAAUCAAAGGAAAUGUUGGAGCUUUUAAACAAAUGGUAUUCUAAAGAUACGAACGCUAUACCGCCUGUGUAUGUCGUUCAUCCAAUAAGCUUCCACAUACCGGACUUUGUUAGUCAGGAUAAAGAUAAGAAAAAUGCCGCGAGAACCCAGUGGUGGUCUGAAAGCGAAGCCAUACAAGCGGCACUAGAAGAAGUAGCGCAAAAACGAUUCGACUCUGAGACUGCCAGAAAGUACAUGCGUUCAGUAACGGAAACGGAAGUGUAUGGCGGUAUUAUAAACGCAGACGACAUCAACAACACGUGCAUUUGGUUGAAAAGAACGAUUGAGGAUAUCGAAACAAAAGACAGUUCCUACAUAUUGUCACGUUACAUAGGUAUCAUUGUUUUUGUUUGAUUUAACAACCAGUUUUGAAAGUAUUACAAUUUA